AUGGAGCCGCCAGAUAGUGACAUGGUACCAUCUUCUGUUAAGCAGAUUUCAGAUGCUCACCAUCUGGUGAAACGACUAGCCAGAUUCUUCAAGCCUUACCACAUAUUUCCUUCCAGUAAUUAUCACCCUAUAAACAGAGUACCUGCGAUACAAGCCGUUGCAACUGCACUCAGGAACGCAAGAAGCUUAAGUGGGCUAGGAAGUGAGAGCAACAAUGACAGAUUAGAUGUUCUAGACGACCUUCAAGCCACGUUUUGCUUUCAGAAAAAUAAUGUUGAAAAUACAAGAAGGCAGUUGCUUUCGUUAAUUGGAAAUAUCGAUCUUCGAGUGCGUGAAGGACCACCGGAUAAACCACCACCAUCGUUGUGGGAUGAUGCUUCCGUGGAAGCAGCGACGAAUAAAUUACUAAAAAACUACAAAAAAUGGUGCAAGUUUUUGGGUAUACGAAACAACAUUCGGUUGCCUAAAGAUGAUGCUAAAAAGGCAUUUGAAAGGAAAUUGUUAUACAUGGGAACAUACCUUUUUGUAUGGAAAGAAUCUUCAAACCUCAGAUUAAUGCCGGAAUGUAUUUGCUACAUAUAUCAUUAUAUGGCAAAAGAACUGAAUCAGAUACUGGAUAAGGAAGUUAACAAAGAGACGGGAGUACUUAUAAAACCAACAUAUAUUGGGAAGAGUGAAGCUUUCUUGGAGGGAGUAGUGGCACCUAUUUACCAGACAAUAGUCAAGAUCCUGUCAGAAGAGGAGAGUCACGGCACAUACAUUGUACAGGCUAAGUUAUACUGCUGCACCAUCAAAACCUUGAGUCAUCAAGUUCACUUUCGAGAAUCUCCCUCCAUGAGUUCAACACCCACACUCUUAGGUUCACUAAAGAAAGAUACUCAUCUUGGAUCAGGAUGCUAUCACAUUUUCGUUCUGAAUACUGAUCACUGUCUGGAUUGAACGAGGAAACACAUGACAAGCUGAGUGUAUGAGAAAGGAGAAACAGGUGUGUUACACAAAGAAAAAUCUGAGUCACUCAGCUACAAAAGCUUAAAGAAAAUAAGGCCUGGAAUGAUAGAUACUCGGGUUGGAGCGGGAUGCCACAACAUUUUGACUCUGACCACGAUCACUGUCUUGACUGGGCAGAGAAGAUCUCAAUUCUUAGAGAUGGCUCGACUUGGAUUAGGGUGUUACCCCACUUUGUUUCUAAGCUCGAAUACCAUCUCAUUGCACUGAGUUGUUGAUCGUACUCUUGAAGAAAAGUUAGUCAAAGUUAGAUGUCGAGUAGAAGUGACAGACACAAGAGGUUUACAAUGUGUUUCCAGACAUUACUACUGAGUGUUGGGGUGGACUUGAGGAUAGAUGAUUAACGGGAGUGAAUCUCGUCUGUGACAGCUACUCGGCUGAGAAAAAGCUACAGACUUGGGAGGACUCAUUGAUUUCACUAAAGCUUUUUUUUUUGUGGUAGUUGACUAAGCUUGUGCAGCGUGUUCUGGGUCUCUCCUCUGGACAAAAAGGCAUCAUGAGUAUGUCUAAAAUGGUUACUGUUAUGUAAAGAUUGUUUUUGAUACUUUGCUCUUUGAAUUUCGGAUCUCUCUCUCAGGCUCUCACAUGGUGGUAAGUGGUGUCAAGUUCACUUGGUUAAAAAUUCAUGAUUAGUUACAACCUGUUUCAUUCUUGAUAAUUUUGUUUGUCAUCUCUGUGAUUAUUGGGUCUUUCUGCAAUUGGCUCAUAUUCCUUGUGUUACUGAUGUUUUUACCUGUAUGUGCACCUAAGCAGGAGGAGAAUACGCCUCGUGGCAAUGAUGACUAUGUUUCGUCUCUGGUUGUUGUUCGUGUUAUUUGUCUUUGUUUGUGCAGGUUGCUUAGGUUGUCACAUUCAGAUAAAAAAGGGGAGAAUGUAAGCUCAAGAAAAAGAGCUUGAUCAUGUGAGGAAUGGCACGAGGUGUUACGCAUGAAGAUCCGUGUGUGACACACUGUGACGGAUUUGUUAUUGAGUAAUGACGUGGCAGAUACUCAUUAACUCUAGGAUAUUGCUUGAAGAUCAAGUAAAGAAGAAUUGAAAAGAUUUGGAUACAUCGAGAUAUUAGGAAAGAGAAUAUUCGGUGGGGACUACUUAACUAGAUUGCGCAGGGGCAAGUUUAGGUUAAGCACGUCAUUGUAAAAGCUAGAGCAAGAGAGUUGUUCUUGUCGGCUACAGAAAUCAAGCAAUAGGUUUUGGCGUUGAGUUUCUGUAACAUAGAGCUUAGGAACUGGUCCGUCGCUAGUCGUGUGUGACUGAGCUUAAAUCGGAUUAAACAGAUCUAAGAAGAUUGUUUAAAAGGUUUCUAUAAUACAAGAAGUGUUCUUGAAA